UCUCGUUCCAGCACCCGUGGAGCUGCCCCACGUUUCCCCGCGCACACUCCCGUCUCAGCAUCCCCCUCGACAUUUCAGCAGAAGCCAUGCCCCGGCGGGGUGCCUCAGUGAACACCCAAGGAACCCAGACCCUCGCAAAUCCCAGUGCAGGAGCUAAAGACUCAAGCCAGCAGACAGAUUGCGGAAUAGCAGUUUUAAACAAGGAAAUGGUGCAGCUGUCCAACUACCUGAAGGAGGCCCUGCACCGCGAGCUGCUGCUCAAGCAGAAGAUGGUGAUUUUGCAGGAGCUUUUCUCCACGCUGCUGCAAGCAUCAGAAAAAUCCUGGCAGGGUCAGCUGAAUGAAGAUAAACUGAAGUGUAAACUAAGGGCGCUUGAAAAUCAGCUGCAGGCCUGCACGCAGAGUUACUCAAAGGAGUGUGUGAAGAAGGUCCUUAUAGAGAUGGAGGACCAGAAGCAGACCUAUGAACAGAAGGCAAAAGAGGCUCUUCAGAAGAUGCUGGAGGACAAACUCCAAACAGAGCAGCAGCUGCAAAACUCUCAGAGAAACCUGGCAGCAACAAGAGAGGACCUUGCCUUCUGGAAAGAGCACUACACCACGCUCAAAGCCGAACUGACCAAGAUGACCGCAGCGCACACCGAGCUGGAGAACAGCCUCCACGCUGUGCAAAGCCAACUGCAGCGAGCGGACGCCCAGAACGAGCAGCUCCGGCGGGCCCUGGGCAGCCUGCAGAGCGAGCACGCCGCCCUGCACCUGCGAGCCAGCACUUUGCGGGAGGACAACGACCUGAAGGCUGAGCACAUUGAUGCCAUCAAAGAUGAACUGCAAAAAGAACAAAAUCAGAAGGCAACACUGGAGGCAACAAUCAGCCAUUUGCACAACCUGAUACAGAGCCAGACCAACGAACAGAAGACUCAGGAGGUGACAGUGCAAAGGAAAGACCAGGUUUUCACCAUGCAGACUCCACCUCUCACUCCUGCCAAGGAAAAACAAAACGCUCUGUUAGAGCGCCCUGAGGAGGAGGAGGGAGAAGAAAGUCUGAAGGAUGAGAUACAGAAAAGGACAUCCCAGCUUACAGCAAAGGAGAACGAGGUACAUACGGAGGCAGAGGGAGCAGAAGCGAAACCCCCCGGUCACGGCAGUGCCCGCGCGCGGGCGAAGCGCUGCAGCGGCUGCGGGCGCCCUGCCGCCCUCGGUGCGUACGGAAGCGAGGGGACCCCCCCGGCUAACGGCCCCUUGCUGUGCUUGCAGUGCAGGGACCUGCGCUCCGAGCUGGAGGCCCUGAGCGAGGAGUAUCGCUCCUGCCUGACCAGGCUGCGCCAGUGCCGGGAUGAGCUCAACCGCUUCCAGAGCAAGCAGGCGCAGAGACGGCGCGGCCACUGGAUCCCUCUCCUGGUGGCAGUGACAGCGAUGGCCAUAGCCACCUUCCUCGCAAGCUACAGACCAUGAAGGACCUUCCCAAUGACUGACUUCACCGCAGGAACCCACUCCUGCUUCACCAACAGCAAAGCUCGCUCACCACACUGCACUGUCUGCCAUUUUGUACUUGCCUUCUGGUGCGUCUCCUGAGCUGGUCUCACUCCAAACUCCUGCAGCUCCAAUAAAUGCUGGGAGAUCACUCCUUCCCCUUGGCUGCUUCGGUUAUUCUGCCUCAGCUGAAGGUUGUGCUGCCCACCCCCAGCUGCACUGAGGGAUAAAGCCACUCCAACCACUGCUGCCUGGGCAGGAUGGACAGAGCAGCAGGAUGGGGCAUCCUGUGCCCUUGGGAUCCAGCUCCCUGGUUUUCAUGCCUGGCAGCUGAAAGGACUACAAAAUUCUCUUCCUUUAUUUAUUGCCUCACUAAGUAGGAGGUAUUCAAUCCUGACCACCUCUACCUAACAAAGAAAACCAGCUCGGGGAGGCUUUUUAGCACAGUCCCCUCGUUCUCCCUCCAUGCACUGGCUGUCCGGAGCAACUUUCCCACCUCCAGGCCCAGUUCAGCUCACGGCUCUUCUAGCCUGUCUCAUGGCCAAGCGUCCCCACAGUCACGUCACCUUCCCUUUCACUGCCAGCACCACAUUCAUUCCACAGAGACAGGGGUUUUAAGUCCCUUUUGCAGCUGCACCGUGUGGGGGUUACAGUAGCUUUUGCCCUC